AUGAGCUCACUGGACAAAUGCAAAGACUUUGCAAUGGAAUCCAAAGUCUGCAAGGAUCUUCUCAUCUACAACAUCAACACAAGACUCAAAUGCGAAGUUGUCAUCUUAAAAACGACGAGUCAACAAGUUCCUGAAGUUUGUGAGGCUUUAUAUACCACCUUGGGUAGGCCCACAAAAAAUGCUGCUCGAAUGAGAAAAAGAUAUUUAGAAGAAUCUAAUAAUGAGAAAAAUAAAAGUUUGGAAGCAAAUAGAAAGAGAAUUAGAUUAACACGUUCACAGGAGUGUUUAAAUCAGCGCGAGGAAAGACUGUCGAAGAUGAGAAGUUACAAUAACGAUAGGUUAUUGCAAAAAUGUGAAGAACAACGCGCUCAUCGUUUAGGUCUGAUAAGAGAGCGACUUUCAAAUGAAACUGAAGACGAACAUUUGCUACGUUUGGAUGCUGCUCGUAACUGUUCUGCAAUGGUGAAACUUCACGAAACUCCCGAGGAGAGAACGCGAUAA